CGUACCCUGGCGGCGUCUCCUUCGCUGCUGGCGGUUCUACCCGAGCGUCGUCGCCGAAAUGGCCAGCUCCUGGGUGUCGAACCUCACUACUACCGAAGGAGCCAUAUUCCUCAAGACGCAGAUCGGGCUGGACCUUCGUCAGGUGGGCUGGGUCCUCUCGGCGGGUCAAGGGAGCUCGUGCGCCGCGACCUUCGCCUUCGGGAGGGUGUCCGACGUCCUUGUAAGACGUCGAGUCCUCACCAAACUCAACACCAGGAGGCUCAUGCACAGUCUGGGUGCGCUGAUGAUCGUGGGCGGACUCCUGUGCAUCGUGUGGGCGGGGUGCCAAGCGGAGGUUGUCGCUGUCAUGAUGGUGCUCGUCAUGGUGGGCAGCGCGUCCACCCUUAGCACCUUUCAGCUGGCACCCAUGGAUCUCGCGCCCAACUAUGCGGGAACAUUGUCCGGUCUCCUUGGUUUGGGUAACCUUAGCGGUUUCGUGGCUCCUCUUGUCACUGCUCAGCUGGUUACAAAGACUGGAAGUUGGCUAUCUUCCUUUCUCCUUGGCGGAGGCAUCUAUCUUGUCGCCAGCGUCCUGUAUGUUGCUACGGUCACCACCCAAGUUCAAGAAUGGAAUUAUUACGAAGAAAUACUGUCAUAGAAUGUAUAUAUUCUUAAGCAGAAGGAAGACUAGAGGAAAACGAUAAAUAAAAGAAAAUGAGAGUAAGAGAUUCUUUUUACAGAAAAUGUGACUUUUCUUCAGGGUACUUCAUGACGUAAUUGUUGUCAGUUCAAAUAAAUUUAAAGGUACAUUAAGACUGGAGACAGUUCCAGUUGCUAUGCCACAACGAGUAGAUAGUUUACCAUAUUAUUGACACUAAUUUUAUGAAUAAUAAAGUUUUUUGUAUACUA